AUGGGAGUGAAAGAGCAAAGACACAAACUAAAUGAAGCUGAGGAGAAACGUUGCAACAUUGAAACUCAAAAAGAGAGUUUUCCAUUAAACGAAACCUGUGAACAGCACCAGAAAACACAUAAUAAAGUAAGAGAUCAUGUGUGUUGUUACUGUGGGAAGAGAUUUGCGACAGCUGAACAUCUGAAACUGCACCACAGGAUUCAUACUGGAGAAAAACCUUACAAGUGCUCAUACUGUGACAAGAGAUUCACUCAGUCUGGAUCCCUGAAAAGACACAAGCGAGUUCAUACUGGAGAGAAGCCUCUAUUUAACUGUGAUCAGUGUGGUAAAGAUUUUACUUCAUCAGCAAAUCUAAAAAAACACCAGAGUGUUCACACAAACGAGAGGCCUUAUGAAUGUUCAUUUUGUGCAAAGACUUUUUCACGACUGGAACAUUGUAACCAACACCAGAAAACACACACCGGUGAGAAAAAUCAUGUGUGUUGUGACUGUGGGAAGAGCUUUAUUAGAUCUAGUCAUCUGAAACAGCACCAAAGAAUUCAUACUGGAGAAAGACCUUACAAGUGCUCAUAUUGUGAGAAGAGUUUCCCUCAGUCUGCAAACCUGAAAUAUCACGAGCGAAUUCAUACUGGAGAGAAGCCGUACUACUGUACUGAGUGUGAAAAGGGUUUUAGACAAUCAUCUGACUUUCUCAGGCACAUGAGGAAAUAUCAUAAAUGGUCGCAAUGUCAUUUUCAUGUCAAAUAA